AUGUUUCGGCGCAAAAAAAUGCCCGAGUCUGCCACGGCUUUGCCCGAGGCGGCGAAGAAGACCUUUGCUCGGGGCGUGGAUCAAAACAUGAAAAUCAUCCUGCGCGGAGAGCGUGGAGUCGGCAAGUCCACCCUCUUUGCCCGACUACAGGGCAAACCCGUACCCUCUUCUCAUCAAGAGACCAGCGAGAUCCAGCCGCCAUUUGCAUGCACACUCAAGGUGACCAACAUUCCCUGGAAAUACAAAAACUCGGCUGGCGUGGUCAAGGCCGAGAUUUGGGAUGUCGUGGACAAGGGCAAGCCCAGCAACAACAAGAACGUGCCGCUUGAUGAGGUUCUGCUCAUUCUUGACACCCCCAUGUGCCUUGAUGCCAGCUUUGUUGACGUUUACAAAGGCACGCAUGGUGUGAUUCUGCUUUGCGACGUGACCAAAAAGUGGACGGUCGAUUAUGUGAUUCAAAAGAUCGCCGACGCCCCACCCAACAUCCCGACAUUGAUUCUGGCCAACUUUGUGGACAAGCAAGAAGGCAACAGCGUUACGGUCGACGAGAUUCGAGGGCGGCUGGAGGAGAUCCCGCGACCAGCCAACGCCCCUCCCAUCCACAUUUGUCGUGCCAGCCUGGCCAACGUCCUUUGUUUGCUCUUGCACCUGCCUUUGCGACAGCGGCAAUGGCACGAAGCACAGCUGGCGCGCAAUAAGGAAGAAAAUGCACGGGUUGAGGCUGAGCUAACUGAACACGGCGCCGAUUCGGAAGAGCAGGACUUUACAAAGUUUAUGCAGCGCCGCCAAGAGCGUAUGCAGGCUCGACAAGGGACCGCAGAGGCUGCAUCAACUUCUCCGCCCGCCGUCGAAGGGGCUGAAAGUGGCCAUUCCAGUCCCAAUCAUGCUUCGGCAGCCACCAGUGCCAUGCCCAGUCGCAGCGCUAGCAUGGGUUCGUCGAUGUUGUCAAAGUUUCGCACAUCUUUUAUGCGCAACCGCUCCAAAGGUGAAGUCAGCAAUGGCCAUGCAGCUGGUGCUCAGGGAGCAGGCGCACCUGCAGCUGCCCCCGAGCAGGUGGGCUCGGUGGACGACUUCAAGCCAGCCGAAGCAUUGCCGGACGAUUUUUUUGCCGACUUGAGCGACGACCCAUCUCAAUCGGCAUCAGCAAAGCCGUCGGCGGCAGAAGCCUUUUAUGAAGACGACGACGACGACAACGACAACCCGCUCGUUCAAGUGGCUGCAGAUACUGAUGAGCUGGAUCUUGGCCAUGAAGACGCAGUGUCUUCCGAUUCUGAAGAUGAAGCCGAGACUGUCAAGUCUCAGCCAAAGUCCAAAUCCACCAAGCCCAAGUCCCCAAUCGUCGAGGCGAGUCAACCGACCUCUACCGGCGGUGCCAGUGGCAAUGCGUUUGCCGACGACGACGACAGUGAUGAUGAGGGGGAAAACCCCCUGGUCGUCGUGGCUGUCCCUGAGGAGGAUUCAGAUGAAGAAGAGCCGUCUGGAGUGCGCCCCGAGGUGGCUGCAGAUGAUUCAGAUGUGGCCUUUUCGGAUGAUGAUGAAGCCCCGUCCAUGUUUGCUCACCUCAAGCCCCAGGUUCCACCGCCAACUGCAGUCACUGCCGCGCCUGCUGCUCUCGAUCCGGUCGAAGCGGCGCCAGUGGUGGAUCUGGGCCACUUGACGCUAUCGUCUGUCGUGGAUGCAGACGAAUUCUAUGGUUCUUCGGGAGAUGAGGACACACAAAAUGUGCUAGUGGCCCAGAACAACGAGCCUAGUUCGACUGAGGACGAAGAUGCUGAGACACCAUCGUUGUCAAAAGCUGCUGUGCCUGCAGCAACCGAGCACGAUUUGGCCUCGGCAGCCUUUGACUUUAACCCAGCAACCGAUGUCUACACGGCCCCACCCGAAGAAACCGGCAGCCCUUCUGGGGAGAAGAAGAAGAAGAAGAAGAAGAGCAAGGACAGUGAGGUGGCUUCUCUUGAUGCGGAAGCGGCCGAGAAGAAGAAGAAGAAGAAGCACAAGCACCGGACAGAACGCGAGGGUAGUGACGAAGGCGACGAUGACAAUGGCAACGACAGUGAUGGGGCCUCAGACAAGAAGGCCAAGAAGAAAAGCAAGGACAAGGAUCGUGAUGGCAGCGAGCGCAAGAAGAAGAAGAAACACAAGCACAAGCAUAGCCACAGCCACCGCGACUCGGGCUCGGAUGACGGCGGCUUGGUGGACUUGUCGCAUGCCCCGGCGGAGACUGACUACAACCCGAUUUGA